GGUGCCUCAGAGGGCAUGAAAACAGAACAGCCACCACAGAAAAGACAAAGAACAGUGGAAGACUUCAACCAGUUCUGCACGUUCGUGCUAGCCUACGCUGGCUACAUCCCCUACCCCGAGGAGAAUGAACCCUGGACUCUUGGAGGCAGCAUGAGUCCUCAAAACAGCACAGGAAGCACUCAGGACAGUGACAGCUGGGCCUCAUCCCAUUCCUCUGACUCCCAAGUACUGCCAGAUGAGGGUAGAAGCAGGAACACCAAGUACAAAGGGGGUAACCUACACCUCAACUGCCCUGACUUCCCCAGCAGUUUAUAUGCAGCCCGCCCUCAGCAAACCAAGAAGAAGAAACUGUCAGCGAAGAAGCUUAUCUUGGAUCAAGAGAUGGAACAGAAGGUGACACUGGCUGGCAUGAAGAAUUUGGGUGAUGUUCAACAGCAAAUGAGAGAGUUGGCUGUGCUAGAGGAGCAGGCACCUUAUGUAAGAGGAGAACGUCAGGAGUCCUUGGUUAUCCCAGCUGGUGAGCUCCGCCCCAAAUCCCUCCUGGAGGAGUUCAUGAAGGAAGAAAAGGAUUGGACACAUGGGGCGCAGGAGAGUGAGGUGCCAGUAGGAAGCUAUUUUCAACCCAAGGAGCAAGAAUCGAGCCAUGAGGAGAGUAGGAGCUCCAGCUGUCAGAAUACCUUGGAUCAAAGCAAAGAGGAGGCUACAAGCUGUUUCAGCUCCCAGCUCAGUGCUUCACCUGUGGAAUUCAUGGUGGCACCUCCAAACACCAAAGCAGAAGAGGAUGAUGCUUGGGACUUGAUCACCUGCUUCUGCCUGAAGCCAUUUGCAGGGAGACCCAUGAUAGAGUGUAAUGAAUGCACCACCUGGAUCCAUCUCUCCUGUGCCAAGAUUCGCAAAUCCAAUGUGCCUGAGGUCUUCAUCUGCCAGAGAUGCCGUGACGCCAAACAGGAGAUCCGCCGCUCAAACCGAGCCAGGACAGUGCCCCGCAAACGGUUCUGUGACUGAUGCCCUCUCUGAGAUGGUGACUGUGGGCAGGGGCCCUUUGUUCUAAGACUGUAGCCCCAGUUGGCUAGACAAUCGAUGCACAGUGACUAUAGAAGGCCUGUGGCACUGGAAAGUGGGAGCAUUUGUGCUGGACAUGUCCCCUGUACUUCCAGCUCCAGGAAGCUGGCACAUUGAGAGACACUCCAGGAAGAAUAAUCUUCCUCUCAUGGGGAUCAUGUAAACUAUGCAGUUGGGAUAUCAGUUUCACCAGUGCAGCAGUGUCUAGCAGGGAGGUGUGUUUCUCAAUGGAAUCCAAGUGCAGUAGGUCAGCCGAAACCUUCCUGUUGUCACAAACUAGGCUUCAGUGCCUUUCCCCUCAGGCAAUCCAGGAGAGCCUAGUUCAAGUAGUUUCCCUCUGGUAGGAUGGCUGCUUAGGCUUAUCCCAAGUGUGGUUGUUAUCCCACUGGUGCCCAAUUCCUUUCCUGGCCUUGACUUGACCACCCCUUAGUGUGUGUUUAGUACUGGCGAAAGUUAUCAAGUAGUUAGCCCCAGAGACCAAAGUCCUCUUUAAUCUGGGCUGUCUCUGCUUUGUUGAGAGUGCAAGCUUCCCCCUCUACAAACCAAUGCCCUGGAGUGACUACUGCUGGGGAGGCGGGUGGGGGGUGGACAAAAGGGAGUUAUCCUCUUCACUGUCAUGGCCCAUCAGUAUAGUGAUGUGGACAACUGCCCCAGAGCUUGAGUUGACCACCCUGCCUUCAAACUUGCUUCAUGUGGAGUAAGCAAAGAGUAGCCCCUUGAUCUGACUGCACUCACUAGCAGUUUUCAGUUACUGUAAAUACUAAUGAAGUGACUGUAAAUAAUUUGUAACAGGUGUCUAGAAAAUUAUAAAACAGUUCUUGCUAAACUAUAAACCUCUCUGCUCCAGAACUUCCAGUUGCACUGAAUUCUCCUGCGUGAGGGAACUUAAGAGUCAUGGCAGGAGACCAAAACAGGUGUUCAUUUGUUUGGGGUUUUUUUUGGGGGGGAGGGGGGUGUAGAAUGUCUUCAGAAACUCAUGGGAGGGAGAAGACAGUGAGUUCACAGGCAGCAAAGAAUAAGUAAAACCACCUCAGGCAAAAGCAGAUCAAUCUCAUCCCCUUGGAAUGGUUCUCAAGCCUUCCCCUGCUCUUGUGCGUUGGGCUGUCUCCCUGGGAGCAUUUUGUGAAGGUUCCAGGGAUUAUGUGAACUAAAUCUGGAGAGAACAGAAAGAGAGGCUUUGAUGUCUCAGGAGUUCUCUCCAGUGUUAACAGUCUAGGCUCCUCAGUGAAAUCUGGGGAGUUUCAUGUCUCAUGCAGACUAGGGGUCUUGUGCCUUGUGCCUCAUCCACUAUGCAAAUUAUUGCCCCUUAGAUUGGCUAUGCCUGUUAUGAGCACACUUUUACAUUUCUAGACAGAAUAUUUGGUCUUCUGUCUCCCUCUCUCCCUUCAUGGAGGACAUAACUGAGCUAGCUGGUCUCUGCUCCACAUGCACUAAAUAUUAUAAUCCAUUUUUUUCUCCACCCACCCCAGACUGAGACCCAUGUGCCUUCUGCACUACACAUUGCAGAUGCUGCUUUCCCCUCUACUAGAGGCACUUGGUUUAAUCACAUAAACUGCAGAUGUUCUGACUCUUAUGCUGCAUAUUGGUACUGAGCUGGGCCUCUGCUUCUUGGGUGGAGGAGGUGGAAGGACCCUAAGAUUGCAAUUCUUGUACGUUUCCAAACUUGGUGUAUUUGUCUGCCACGAGACAUCAGCAGUGUCCCUAUCUCUGGGGAAGGGUUUGCUCCCUGAAUCCCUCUGCUGCAGCAGGAAGCCUAUGCCCCUGAAAUGCUUUACACUUUUAUAGAAAUUAUGUAAAAUAGCUGAUUCUUGGCAGUAUGGGUGGAGUAAUGUGUAUAUAAUAAAGUACUUUUGCCA